UCAUUACGCUCCAUUGCAAAGAACAGCAAUCUUCAACAAAACACUACUCAAAAUGAAAUUCCUUAUCUGCUUGGCCCUUUUCAUUGCUGCUGCUAGCGCUCAUGUCGUUGCUCCCGUAACCACCUAUGCUGCCGCUGCUCCAGCUUAUACCACAUAUGCUGCUGCCGCACCAGCAUACACUACCUAUGCUGCUGCCCACCCUGCCUACACCACCUAUGCUGCAGCUGCUCCAGUUUAUACCCGUUCAUUGUACUCUGCUCCCGCUGCCUAUACCACCUAUUCUGCUCCCGCUGUUGUUGCAGCUCCUGCUGCCGCUGCUGUCGUUGCCCCAGCUGUCCCAGCCGUCUACACCUCUUUGUUGAAAAAGAAGUAAAUUCUUUGAGAUUGAAAUGCGUAUAAAAAAUGAAAGUGAUCGCUAAUGUUUUUGGUCCAUCGAUUUUGAUUUCCGAAAUAAACAAAAAAUGAAGCACUGCAAAUAAAUUG